CUUGACUAGACUCGAGAAGCCCUGGAGAUAUUCGUUCUAUACUACUUCACGCUACAAGGCGCCAAGAUGAAAAUAGUUAGUACGUGUCUUGUGCUGUUGACAGCUGUAACAUAUGGGAGAGCUGUGAAAGAAGCGUCUCCUGACGCUGGUAUUGACUUUGGUGAUACCGGCCGUAUCUUGACGCCUCAAAAUCAUUACAACGGCUGGGUCAACCCUGAAGACUUGACUGCUAUGCCGCAAUGCAUCGCUCAGCAGGAUCAAUCCAUCUGGCUGAGUACCAUGACGAAAUGUACCGGCAGACGGUGCACCUCGCACUUUGGACUCAUCUGCACUCACCAACAAUGGCUGACGCAACUCAGUUGCCUCAGUACGGGGUUUUCACCUGAUAUCGUUAGAGGUUAUCUUCCACUCUGCAGCAGAUCAGUACUCGCCGAGGCUCAAUUGUACCUGUGGAUCCGUAACAUAACCGGUCGAACGUGGCUUGCUGAUGUUGGCGACGCGAAUCGGCUGCAAAAUCUCUCCCCAGCCUCCCUAGCCGAAGGGUAUGCUGCGGUUGACGUAAUUCCCAAUGCGCCAACAUGCCUAAAGAACUCCAUGUCUGCCCUUUCUGUGGAAUCAUUCCAGCACGUAAUAGCCUCCUGUAGCUUUGGAAGCACCCCACAACAUACCGGAAAUGCUGCUCGUCCUUGGGAGUAUAGUGAAUCCAAACACUCCAUGAUCCCUCUGGAUUUUGAAACAGUCGGGUACAAUCUUGCUGGACGUAGUAUCAGAUAUGGCGAAUAUUUUGACAAAGGCUGCUUCUGUGGUGCUUUCACCAUGGAUAUGACAACUGAACCCUGUUCGGACCCUGAACACAUAGACCUGACGAGGGAGCGACUAUGGAUGAACGCCACUUGUGGGCCAACGUCUAUGCCCGAAAACUGGACGAGCAUGCUCAAAACCACAGAAUUCGCGUAUAUCCCCAUCGAAGGCUGGCACUGGCCCGCUUGUGUCAUUGAUAUCCCGGAAAAGGUGAUCGAGCUUACCGGCCGAUGUGCGACCGAUGCUUGCGAACUCGACUCUGACGGCUACUGCAAAGUCAAGCGUGCAGUGGACAGGGCCUGCUUCUGCCGCGACAUCAGCUACGGUACUUGUGGAGGUUCGUGUCAAAUUUUCGAGGCUCGUAUAGACUACGUGAAGUGGCUCCAUGAUCUUUGUGGUAAUGUGCCAGACUGGCACGGUUUACCAACGCAUUGGCGUCGGUUGGCCGCCCCUAGUUCGCUUGACAUGAUUCCAUGGCGAUGGACCAUUAAACCAGCGAGCAAUACAACACUUGCCUCUAUCACUUAUCUGGAACCUGGCGGGCCACCAGAAACAUGUGCCUCGAACGAAGGGAAGCUUGGAAGCCUUGUUCUGGUCAAUGCAGCUAUAUUCCUUAGCGUAUUUCUCAGUAGGAGAACAGACAUGCGUCGUAUUGCUCGCAGCUUUCUCUGGCCCCCGCACUCGUGGAAUUGGGUUUCCUCAGGAAUCUCAAUCGCUACUCUCCAGCUCCUCGGAAACUGGUUUAACGUGGCUCUUGUGCAAAACACCUUGGGUUAUGAGGACAUUCCCAUUCUUCAAUUAAUGCUCCUUUGGUGCUCACUGCCUCGCCUUUCUUGGCUGCCAAUUCUGCUGAUUGGUAAACAACCCUUCGAAGCGGUAAAUAUAUCCGCAGCUGCGUCUUCGGUGUUUGCUGAAGCUAUACUUCAGCUUUUAUCGACAUAUUCCAUGGUUAUCACCGUUAAUUAUGGCCGAGAGCACAACUUCUAUUUUGCAGGUAUGGCAAGGUUGGAACAAGCAACGCCUGCAAAGUUCAUGUACGGUGGAGCACUCUUGUGGCUUAUCAUCAUGAUCAUCACGAUCGUGCAGUUGAUGCUAGCUGUACGCAGAAUCAUUAUGUCAAUUGGGCCUGAUGGCCUCGGAUUGCCAAAGUGGCAAUUAAGCCAUCAGAUAACACCGAACAUCUGGGCGGAGUUGAUGAUCAUGUUAAAUGAGCGUUGUUUAUGGCUAGCCGAAAAUGUGGCACGUUACUGGAUCGGCACGAGCACCGCAGCGGAACGGACGUCACUGAUAAAUAACGAUCGGAGAAACUACACAGUGUAUGGCACUGUAUCUAUCAAGGACAAAAAGAACUGCAGUUACAACAGAGCAUUGGCAAAGCUGUAUGCUGUCACCGUUACAAGUAUGCUCCUUCUUUGGAUCGCCCAGUGGCUAUUUUGGUUUGGAUUUAUCGCUCUCAGUUCCGAAGAGUACGUAUACGUACCGUCUCUGAUCCCGCCCAGCUAAACAAACUCAGGUUUUGUCCUCCUAAGCUUGGGGCUCUCACAGUUGUUUGGAUCAUGUUCUCAUUGGCAGGCACUAUGCGUGGGACUGAUUGAUUACAGUACAUAGCUUACAAGCAGAGUGUAAAACUUUAUGUUUUACCUGCUAGAAGCUACCUUGUGUAAACUGCUGUGGUUCCACUGUUCCUGGAGAGAAGCAAAAUGCAUAUCUAGUGUCAUGAAAAUUGAUACCUAUACAAUAGGGUCUUAUGAAUUGAGGGUUGAUAAUCUAUCAUAAACUCAUGCACGUCAGUUGACUCGAGUAGAUCUGGCGCUUGCGUGUCCAUAUAUGAGUCAAUAUUGGAUAGGUUCUGCGAUGACGAUUACCUAACUGAUUCCAGGCGUAAUAGUCAGCAAUGCGAAAAAAGUAUACUGGGC